CCUCCCAUUUCUAUUCAGUAAUAAUUCAACAUUGAAAAUGUCCUUCGUGGGGGAAAAUUCAGGAGUGAAAGUGGACUCUAAAGGCUGGGGAAAAGAUGACCCCCAGUGCUGCUCAGAAGACAUGGAUGGGAACUCCCUGGAACAAGACUCGAGCUUCUCCUCCAUAAAUUAUUCCCACUCAGGUGCAAAAUUGAAGCCCAAAGGGCCAGAAAAAUUCAUCAUUUCUGACUGGUUUCAAAAUGUGUUGGUCUUGGAUGAUCAGAUCCUCAGGGCAGUUCCAAGAAAAACCAACAUACAUCCAGCGAUCUUCUCUGUAUUGGCCUCACAUUCGAUCCAAGCCAGUGAGAAGAAAGGAAACCCUAUUUUCUUGGCUGUAUCUGAAGGAAAACUCUGUCUCUGCUGUGACUAUGACAAAAAACAGAAACAUCCAACCCUCCAGCUGAAGAAGCAGAAUCUUACCAGCCUUAGCACCAAGAAGGAACCAGAAUGUCGGCCCUUCAUCUUUUAUAGGAAAAAGGUGGGUUCAAGAAACACACUGGAGUCAGCUGCUCAUCCCAAGUGGUUCAUCUGCACGUCCUACACACCCAGAGAACCUGUUAGUGUGACGGAUAAAGUUGGAGAAUCAAAACCCAUUGAGUUUUCAUUUGAUCCUCCUCCAAAAGCUGAAAUGAACCCCAGUGAGAUCAUUGAUUAGAAAACUACACCCUUGGGACCAGCAG